GCGGCAUUUUCUUUUCCCCCUCUUUCCCUUCACUAUCAAUCAUCCCUUCUCUCUUCAAUCAAAAUCCUAUUUCCUUAAAACCAAAUCACGCCCUCAGCUUCUUAUUCACAAACCCUAAUUCUCUAUACUGCAUCUAUGGCGUCAAAAUAUUUCCUUAUCGCCGAUAAAAGGACCCUUCUGGUUAGGAUACAUCAAUGGCCUCAAAAAUUCGAUUCCAAAACUCUUUUCAUCAAUGGCGAUGGCGAAUAUGGCUAGAAGAAAAACAACCAGUCUCUUUCAUGUACACUUUCCUAAGGAUUCGUGUCUGGAUCUGAUAAAAACGGCGGCGUUGUUAUCGGUGGCGGCCCAGACGGAUACAUGAUUCUUUGUUGAAGAUUGGCGACAUCUCUUUGUUUCUCAAUCGUUUAUGAACAAUAACAGUUCAUGUGGUUCAGAUUGGGCUUUUGUUGAUGUAGCAAAUUUGUUUAUUCAAAACAGGGUUGAACAGCUUGUUGAUGAAUUGGGAUGUUGACCGAAAGUUAUUCUCACUGACUCUCAAUGAUUGCUUCAGCAAUUAUAUUACCGGAACAAAAUUUGGCAUCCGAGAAGGCCGGUUUAGCUGUGAGCAAGAAAGGGUUGACUUUAAAAGAGCUGCUUCAGCAGACGUCUCAUCACAAUGCAAAAGUUCGCAGAAGUAGGGAUGAGCACGGACCUGUUCGGUACCAAACCGGUACCGAAAAACGGGUAAAGUGGGUACCGGUACCAGUAACGAAUAUACCGGUUCGGUACGGUACCGGUACUUACCGGUAUUUUACCCGUAAAUACCGGUACCGGUACCGAACAACGGAGAAAGUGGUUACCGGUACCGAAUAUACCCGGUACUGUUCGGUACCAGUACCCGGUACCAAAUGCCCAUCCGUACGCAGAGAAUCUUUUAAGACGCCAUCACUGCAUGUCAUUCCAACAAAUGAUCUUAUAUGCCAGGAGGGAAAGCCAGAGGCUGUUGUUGAUCCAUGGACUAACUAUGAUGAAACUUAUAACGAUAAAAUUCUGAAUUUGCAACUGAAUCCCGAACGUUAUAGUAGUUACUCAGGACCGUCAGCCAGAAGAGUAUGGGAUGCUGUAUAUUCACAACUUUGUCCAGAAUAUUCAUCGGGAAAUAGCUGCCCAGAGAAAAAAGUGCUAUACAGGUUGAUGUCGGGACUGCAUUCCUCAAUUUCUGUCCACAUAGCUACCGAUUAUCUACUUGACGAAAAAACCAAUCAGAGGUCUGCAACCCCACUUGUUUUUUUGGCAUGGAUUCAACUGCACAAAACCGCUUGCUAUCGAUUAAGUUGUGAUACUUUUGUCUGAGAAUGAAUUGAAGGAUGAAGGUGUUAUAGUCAUUGCUAAGGCCCUUGAAGAAGACUUUCCACGGUUGACCGAAGUUGACGUGAGCACCAAUAUGAUUAGAAAGGUGUUGAAGACGUGAAAGAGAUCUUCAAGAAUUCACAAUUUGCUGGGGACUUAAACAAGGCGAAAUACUCGAGUGGUUCGGGGUCAGUUUCAGGGCCGAUUCAUGGUGUACAAACUGUGAGUUCGUAAAGUAUUCUUAGGGAACGUUAAAGCUUUCUGUGGUGUGUAUGUUUUUGUACGGGAUUGUUGCAGUUAUGGGUUUUCUCAUGUUGCGUUGCACUCUUUGCACUCAAAUGAAGAUGACAACCAGGUUUCAGCAAGGAUUCCGGAACGUCAAGCGGACACGCCGGAGGAGAUACACGCGGAAAAGGUGUGCUAUAAAGGCAAGGAUUCCGGAACGUCAAGCGGACACGCCGGAGGAGAUACACGCGGAAAAGGUGUGCUAUAAAGGUAUGGAUGAGUUCUCUUCCGGAUGGUGAUCAUUACGUUAUCAAGAACCGAACACGCAUUUUGAAGCUUCCGCACUAAACUUAACUUUGUCUAGACUUUAAUCACAUUGUAAAUAUUUUUGUUAAACUUGUUUGGAACCCUGUAACUAGUUGUAGUUGACUAGUAAGGGUUAACUUUAAACUCGUUAUGCAUUAUCUUGGAUGUGUUUAGUACUA